UAAAGGCGCGUACUGACUUGAGCAAAUUUGCGCGCACGAACGCUGUGCGCGCAAAUUUGCUCAAGUCAAUACCACCCAAAAAUGUUGUGUGCGUAAGCGCGUUCCCGCACUAAUACUUUCCGUCGCUUGUCGGUACAUCAAAGGAAACGUGUGCUCAGUGUGGACGGUGUUUUUGUAGGAACGGUUGUUCGCGCACAAUCUUUUAUAAAAUAUGGAGUGGGAAAAUGAAAAGGCCCUCCAAUUAAUAGAUGAAUAUGAAAAAUAUCCGAUUUUAUGGAAUGCCAAACAUCCAGAGCACUAUUCAAGAAAGAAAAAAGCAGAUGCGUGGGAACGUAUUGCGUAUAACUUAAAAGUAGAAGAGCAUGAAGCGAAACAGAAAGGGUCAUUUCGUAGAGAAAAGGCAAAAGGAACAAAAAGUAUUGGGACAGGCAAAGGUCGGCAAGAUGUGUAUGUAUCGAAAUGGUAUGCAUUUAAAAGAAUGCAUUACUUACUUGACAAAGAUGAACCAAGAGAAACAAUUGAUACAGAGACAGAAUGCGUUAUUGAUGACGUACAGAAUUUUGGGGAAAAAGGUCUCGGACCGUUUGAUAGUUCUCCCCAAAAUUCUAAUUUAG